AUGCGCACCUUCCAUAACGCACUUUGCGUUGUUGUUUUGGCCACGCAGCUGUCGAGGUGUUUUACCGCACAUUUACGCGAGGAUUCUCACCCCUCGAUCCCGGAACUAACAGAGAACAAUGUUAGCACUAGACGAGCGUCAUACAAAGAAGCCUGCACGCCCGGAACGGUAAUCGCAAACCAGGCAGACGCACUUCCCAGCACUGACGAGGAGUCCUCCUUCUACGAUUCCGACACAGACCAGCAGCCUUUCUACUUCGGCAGGAUGGGGUCUGUUGCACGGGAGACCAACUUCAAGAAAGUCCAGCAGUUCAAAGCCGACUACACCGAGGCCGAAUUCACCCAGUAUGAAUCGCAGCGCACGGGCAUGAAUGUCGUAGUGGUCGACAGGAAAGGACCCAAGAUUUACGGCUACUUUGCACUGGCUACCGAGAUCCACGAUGACUCUGGAGCACCACACACUCUGGAGCAUCUCUGCUUCAUGGGCUCACGGAAAUACCCUUUCAAGGGUGUGCUGGACAAACUCUCUACUCGGGCCUACUCCGACACCAAUGCCUGGACAGACGUCGACGAGACCGUCUACACAUUGACCACAGCGGGCUGGGAAGGUUUCGCGCAGAUAUUGCCCAUUUACCUUGACCACCUCGUCGUGCCUACUCUCACAGAUGAGGGAUGCUACACUGAGGUGCACCACAUCGAUGGUACUGGGAACGAUGCCGGUGUCGUCUACUCGGAGAUGCAAGGUCGCCAGAACCUACAAGGUGACCUGAUGGAUUUGGAGAUGCGUCGCAUUCUGUACCCCGAGCGCUAUGGAUUCCGCUACGAGACCGGAGGUCGUGUAGAAGCAUUACGCGUCCUCACAGCAGAACGAAUCCGCCAAUUCCAUCGCGACAUGUAUCAACCCAAGAACCUUCGGUUGGUCCUCAUCGGCGAGGUCGAUCACGCAGAUCUUCUGGAGAUUCUGGACAAAUUCGAGGCCGACACCGCCGACAGCGUGCCCGCCUACACCGCUCCCUUCAAGCGGCCAUGGUCAAAUUCAAAGCUUGAGGCGGGCCUCACUAAGACGACCGUUGAGACUGUGGAAUUCCCCGAGGAGGACGAGUCCACUGGUGAGAUUCAGAUCGCCCUCAUUGGACCUGAUUCUACGGACGAGAAGCUUGAGACUGCUCUUAACACUGUGCUCAUGUACCUUGCUGGCUCUUCAGUCUCGGUUCUGGUCAACAAACUUGCGGAGAAGGAGCACCUUACCAGUAUGGUGUACUUCUAUGUCCGGAGCUUUGCUCAGUCGAUCAUACACUUCACAUUGACCAGUGUCGCUACUGAGAAGCUUGAAGAAGUCGAGAAGCGCUUCUGGGAAGUUCUUCAAGAGCAUGUGGCUCAGCCAAUCGAUUUGGCCUACCUCAAGGACUGCCUGCAUCGGUUCAAGCGCCAAGUGAGGUUCACUUCAGAAAUUGGCAAUGACGAGUUCAAGGAUCCUGUCAUCAAAGACCACUCUUACGGUCCACGUGAUGGCUCAAAGCUCCGGGAAGCCCUCGAGUCUCUCUCUGUGUUUGACGAGCUCGAAGAAUGGAGCGAAGAAGAGUGGCGCUCAUUCAUCAAAAAGUGGAUUGUCGAACCGCAUCACGUAUCCCUCCUUGGAAAGCCUUCCGUAGCACUCGCGGAAAAGAUCAAGUCCGAAGAAGUCGAACGCGUCAAGGCACAACAAGAGAAGCUCGGCGAGGCAGGCUUGAAAGAGAAGGCCGACAAGCUGGAGAAGGCGAAAGCCGAAAACGACAAACCGAUCCCAUUGGAGAUGAUGGAGAGGCUGAAGGUCCCUAGCACUGGCUCGAUCCACUUCUUCGAGACUACGACCGCGCGAUCUGGCCUCGCAAAAAAGCUCGGGAUCAUGGACAACAAGAUCCAGAAGAUCAUUGACAAGGACGAGAAUGGCCUUCCGCUGUUUAUUCAUUACGAGUCUAUCCCAACAUCUUUCGUCCACUUCGGACUCGCGCUUGGUACCGCUGGUAUACCUACUGAGCUGAAGCCUUUGCUCGGCGUCUAUCUUACGAACUUCUUUGGCACGCCGAUCACACGAGAUGGCAAGCGCAUCGAAUUCGAGCAAGUCAUCACUGACCUGGAGAAAGAUACGAUAGAGUAUAGCCUUGACCGUGGCAACGAUAUUGGCAAUGGCGAGAUGAUCUACAUCCACUUUGUUGCUGAGGCAGACAAAUUCAAGGAUGUCGUUCAGUGGCUCGCUGACCUUCUUGUCAACUCCAUCUUCGACACCGAGCGAUUGAUUGCUGCAGCGAAGAAGAUGCUCGCAGAUGUGCCAGACGAGAAGCGUGACGGCCACAGCAUGCUUUUUGCUGUUGAUCGUAUGAUCCACUACAAAGAGGCUUCUUCUGUCCGCGCCACCAACACUCUUGUCAAGGCCCUCUACCUAAAGCGCACCUUGAAGCAGCUCAAGACGGACCCUCAGCAGGUGAUUGACAAGCUUGAGUCCUUGCGCAAACACCUCCUGACCUUCUCGAACCUCCGCGUCCUAGCAAUAGCCAACUUCGAGACGCUCCCGAAUCCCGUAUCUACAUUCAAGACUCUCACUGACGCCAUCAAGCCGGGACCAGAACCUACUAUCAACCCCAUUGAUGAUCGCAAGUCGCUGCUUUCAGACAUCGGAAAGAACCCUGGCGGUGCACACUACGUCAUCCCCAUGCCUAUCGAUUCAUCCUUCGCUAUGCUGACGUCCAAAGGCCCCGAUUCCUAUACCAGCCCAGACUUACCUCCUCUGAUGGUAGCUCUGUCUUAUCUAGAUGCUGUUGAAGGUCCGAUGUGGCAGGACAUUCGUGGCACGGGUCUUGCCUAUGGCGCGAACUUCCUCCGUGACAUCCAGGCCGGCCUCCUCAAGUUCCGCAUCUACAAGUCUCCAAACUCGUACGCCGCAUACGAAAAGGCGCGCACCGUUAUCAAGGAAUACGGUGAUGGGACACGCAAAUUCGAGAAACUGGCUCUCGAAGGUGCCAUCAGCAGCAUCGUGCGAGAGUUCGUGGAUGAUAAGGCUACUAUUGUCGAUGCGGCACGAGGUAGCUUCAUCGAUCUCGUGGUGAAGCGCGUCGGCAAAGAGUGGUCAGAGUGGGUGUUGGGUCAAGUUAGGGAGGUCAAGGAGGAAGACGUGCGUAAAGCGUUUACUGAUGUCAUCGCCAAGGUCUUUGAUCCCGAGAAGACGGAUCUGGUCAUCACCUGCGGUGGCAACAUGGUUGAGGAUCUGAAGAAAAACUUCGAGAAGGACGGCUUCAAGAUCAACGUGAAGCAGCUUGUCGAUUUCCAAGAGGAUUAUGGACUGAAGGGAGAUGAUGAUGAGGAAGAGGAAGAAGAGGAUAGCGAGGGAAGCGAGGAGGAAUCUGAAGAGGAGUAG